UCUCUACAUCAUUCUCAAUACAAUUACUAGUCUAUAGACGUUCAGGAGAUACUCGCAGCGUUGUUUCUGCCUCCGAGACCAAAACAAGAAGCGGUAUCUGCAUCCUUUUGGUCAAAUCUUUAGUUUCUAGACCUGUCGGAAGUCGCCGGAGAGCCACCAGCCGGCCUGAUUCGGUGGGAAGUGCCCACCGUUCCACGUCCCGGCAUAGAAUUCUGUUAUUCGGUGAUCUCUCGUCGCCGGCCGUGAAGCACCUACUUGACCUCUGCUGAGGAGGUCUCAGCUGCUUGUGGAUUAUGGCCGCUGUUGACUGGAUUGAGCGAUGUUUCCUGCUGACCAUCUGCCUUAUGCACGGGUGUGGAGCGCAAGAAAGUGCAGCUGGUGCUAGUCCAACACCACCACCGAUGUUGUCUCAGAGCACGGCAUUUCCAACAACAGCACCGCCGCCACCAGCACCCACACCUUUGCCCGCAUCGCCGUCUUUUGCCUCGGCACCUCCACCAUCACCGAGCACACUACAGCCGCCCGGGACUGCGUUGCCUACGAUUCCCCCGCCGCCUCCCAUCACAUCACCACCGCUCUGCACUUCCGGUCUGUGCUACACACCGACGACAGCCAUUCCAUCGCAAACACCACCACCGACGUCAACAACACCCAGCGAGGGGCUGACGGCGAGUUUUCCGCCACCGCCUCCUCCCGUUUUCCCAUCGUCAAUGCUUGACAUGCCAUCAUCGUCGUCAUCGGUCCCACCCGUAUCAGCGACCACACCGCCGUUGGUCAUUUCCCCGACAGUUCCCAUUAUUACGCCUCCGCCGCCAUUCCCCCCGGUGUCCAUGACCGAUGUGUCGCCUCCCGUUCAGAGCACAAGUUCAUCACCGCCUCCGCCACCGCCUCCGCCGUUCCCAUCGGGCUCAGCGGCGGAUGCCAGCGGAGGCGAUAUGGACGCGUCCGGCAGUGGCAACAACAGCAGUGGCGUCGUCGUGGAGCCCAGUGCCUCCAGCCCCGCGAGCCUUGCAACUCCACAGCCAACUCAGUCGGCAACGCCGUCCGAUGCACUGACCACCGUACUCCAGACGGUCGCGCCAAGCUCAGCUGUUGUCACUAUAGAGACCACGACUGGACCAGGUCCAACCACCGCGGCAACCGACACUGACUUGGCAACGAAUGUCGCGUUUGUGACCAGCUCAGACGACAGACCUGCCACACAGCCGACAGCGUUUGCGACAACAAUAGUACCCACGAGUUUUGUGCCAUCAACUACUGAUUUCGGAUUUGGCGGCGCAUCCACAAGCGAAACCCCAACAACAGCCCCCGGUCUCACCACCCUGCAACCGGCAAUAACAAGCGUCGUCUUUACCACCGAGCAGCCUACUCAGGGUUUGGCGAGCAUUGCUCCCACGACCACUGCGUCUCAGCAGCCAACCGAGUUCGUCACCAGUCCCGGACAGACUACACUCGGUGCAUCGACACCGUUCGAGAUAACGGCCAAUCCAACAACUCAGUCGUCACAGGCACUGACAACACCGGCUGUCGAAACUGUAGUCAGCACGAGCCCCACGCCAACUCCCGUCGCCACGACUGCCAUUCCGGCUGAGGAGACAACCAGCGUGCUUAUUACCGAAGCUGCCACUACGGCAGCUGCGACUACAGCUGCAGUAAUGACGUCAGUGGCAACUGAUGCUGUAGACGGAUCUGCCAGUGGCGAGACUGCAACAGCAACUCCCCUGGCAGCGACGCAAGUUGUCAUGACUACGAAUGCUGUGCCAACGACUACCCCUGCGCUGACGACACAGGCACCGACCACCGGCGAGCCGAUUGCCACGACAACGGUACAAGUGGUGGAGACGACGGAGGCAGCCGCCACUACCACCCAGACGCCCGGUGUGACUACCCAACCACUGGCAACAACGGUUGUGAUGGCAACAAGUACAGACACCAUCACAACACCGGCGGCAACCACUGCCCAGGGAACAACUCCACAAGCCACUCCGGCUGCGGCGACUACACAGCAGGCAACGACAUCACCACCUGAGCAAACUACACCAGCGGAAACCACACCGCCGCCCGUCACUACUGCAUCGGCGGAUGGAAGUGGUGCUACGGACGGAGAAGGAGAUGCGACCACAUCUCCCCCCACAGACGCAGCCACCACAACGCUGUUGGUCACCACUGCUCAGCCAACAACGCUACCAGCCACAACUACGCAACCAACCACGCCACCAGCCACAACUACACAACCAACAACACCACCAGCCACAACCACAGAGCCAACAACACCACCAGCCACAACCACAGAGCCAACAACCACACCAGCCACAACGUUGUCAGCCACGACAGAGUCAGCUACAACGCCGCCAGUCACAGUACUGCCGACAACCGGAGCAGAGACAACAGCUGCACCAACGACAGCUGCUCCUACCACUGCGCCCAUGACUCUGGCGCCGACUACCAUUGCAGUAACCAGCGACGCCAUGACAACGACGGCAGCUCAGCCGACAACUCAGCCCGACACCACCGCGCCGGCGACAAUGCCUAUGGCAACUACUGCCAUGGCAACCACACAGGUAGCAGUGCAGACCACACCGCAGGUCAUCAUCACCACCACCACCACCCCCGUGCGGCAAACCACUGCUGGUCCGACGACUGUGGACGUCAGCACACCUGCAGCAACGACCGAAGACGGCAGUGGAGACGUCAGCACACCUGCAGCAACAACCGAAGACGGCAGCGGAGACGUCACAGAGCCAACAACUGUCCAGCCAAUCACAACACCAGCGGCAACGACACCUCCGCCGACAACAGCUCCCGCAACGGUACCACCGGCGACAACUGCCAUCCCUCCUGCUCAGACGACUACGCAGCAGCAAGAAGAACCCACCACGCCGGCUGGCACGACAGAAGCUGCAACUUCACCAGCUGCAGCAACGGAAGCAGCUAACGCUACUUUCCCAGUCCCUGCGGAAUCUACGCCGGCGCCAACUCAGGCCAGCACAACACUGGCUAACACAACACAGCCAAUGGAAACUCCCACGGCGAGUACAGCACCCGCUGGAGCGAAUGCCACCGUCGGACCAACAACAGAGGCUCCGCCGCCGUCGCCGGCGACAGCCAGCCCGAAUGCGACCAGCAUGAACGCAACCACAGUGGCCGUGACUGUAACGACUGUCGGGAAUCAGACGACUGCACUGCCGCCAACCAAUACCACGGCCUCCACUCCGGCUGGCACACAGCCAGAAACAACUGAACUAACGCAAACUACAGCCGCACCGCCCGCCACCACUCCGCCGGAGGUUACUGCGUUGCCAACAACGACGCAAUCUCCCGCGACGACCGUCGCCCCAACUACGGCGCUCGCGUGCCCCGGGUUUCAGUUCGUCAACGCCGACGGCACGGCCUGUUUGGAGUGCGAUUGCGAGCGGCUGGGCUCGUCGUCGUGCAGCGCUACCGGAGUGUGCGAGUGCUUGCCUGGGGUUGAGGGCACCCGUUGCACACGCUGCGUACAGGACACAUUCGAGAACCCGACCAUCGGCAGCUGCGCGCCGUGUGCAUGCAACACUCCGGGCACACGCCAGUGCAAUUCCUCCAACGGAGAGUGCGUCUGUCACCAGAACGUCGUGGGUGACUUGUGCACGGAGUGUGCCGUCAAUCACUUCACCCGCACGCCCGGAAACCUGAGCACUUGCACCGAGUGUCCGUGCAACGUGGAUGGCUCGGAGUCGUGUGACGCGGAGACGGGCGCGUGCGCGUGCAAGCCAGGCGUGACUGGCCAGCUGUGCGACACGUGUCUGGAGAACUUCUUCAGUCUGGAUGGCUCGCUUGACCAGUGCGUGAUGUGCCCGUGUGAACCAGCCGGUACAACGCAAUGCUUACAGAACGGUACUUGCGAGUGCAUGGCGAACGUUUCCGGAGAGCGCUGCGAGACGUGCGCGUCCGCUUUCUUCGGCACAGUCCCGUCCUGCUCUGCCUGCGGUUGUGAUGUCACAGCUACUGUGUCUGGGUCUGGCGUAUGCGACCUGAGCACCGGACAGUGCUCUUGUCUGCAAAGAUCUGAAGGGCGUCGGUGUUCGCUAUGUCAGAACGGUUUCUACCGACCGAACGGUAUCUCUGAGUAUGAGAAUGCCUGCUCGGUCAGAGGCUGUCUGUUUGAUCCACGGUUUGUCUGCCAAGACUGUAGCUGCCACCCGCAAGGCAGCGUCAACUCUUCCUGCGACACCACCGGCAUGUGCUACUGCCGGCCUGGUGUUCUGGGGACUAAAUGUGACCAGUGCGCUGACGGGAAAGUCUUUGCCAACGACGGCAGCUGUCUCACACCAACGAACUUCUUCCCGUUCGGGCCAGAUGUCGGAGAUAUCCUGGUGAGUGCGAGUGAUAAUGACAACACCGAGGUUAUCAGGUCGCAGAGCUUACCGGAUCCUCCGCUACCCGUCGGUACCCAGCAGUCGCCUACACGACAUCGCAAUGUGCUGAUAUCCAGCAGCGGGUACAUAUCACUGCCCGUUCCCAUCGGGCAGAUACCAGACAGCGGCUCACUGACUCAACAGAUAAGCAAUCCCGUCCUGGCGCCGCUGUGGUCGUCAAACGACCCACGCUUCGGGCGCGUCCACUAUCAGAUUUACGACGCCUCGCGUCUACGCACGGAUCUGAACCUCACUCUGUCGGAGGACAUCGUCGGCAGUGGGUUCUCUCCGGAGCUAGCUCUCAAGGUCACGUGGACAAACAUGCGUGCGUUCCCAGCCGGUCCGCAUGCCGUACGACAGGGUCUCUCAGACCUGGGAAGCAACAGUUUUCAAGCAGUGAUCGUGUGGGACAGCUGCGUGUCCGUGGCCAUGAUUAGCUACGGCGGGGUAGACUGGCGCAUCGGUCACCAAGGCGACCAGAGCAUCAUCGACAUAUGGGACGGCGAGCGGCUGGUCAACGUCAACGCCAACACGAACAGCGCCCAGACGAUCACCAUGGCAAUGACGCGGGCAUGCAGCGGGCAGCUGGCGGCGGACAGGCAGUGUCGACGUGACGCCCAGCAGCUGCCGAUCCUGCCAAUCACGCUGCGCCAGUUCUUCUCAGUCAACUGCCCGCCGUCCGACUUCUCUUUCAGGCUCGGUGCUUUCCACACGGACUUCUUCAUCGACACCAACGGCCAUUCCUGCUAUGUACGGGAAGCUCAGUUCUUCCAAUCGUUCACGACGACGUGCUGCUAUCAGCCGGAGCUCAGCUCCCUGGUGCUGGAGAGUGAGGGAGGCAGUUGGCUGUCUCCACGCAGCGCCACACCAGCCCAGCACGCUGUGGAGGUCAGCACUCGCGACAACUGCUGCGCGGCCGGAACGUGCGCUCGUUUCUUCCUCGCUCGGCCCUCGCCAUCCUGGUUCAGUUUCCCGCCGUUCAUACUCGCCUGGCUGUUUGGUGACCCACAUCUCCGUACACUGGACGGCAUAGGAUACACGUUCAACGGGUGGGGCGAGUACCGGCUGAUAUCGGCGUGGCACGACAACAGCAAGACGACAGUGGUGGUGCAGGGUCGCACCAGCGUACUGCCCAAUACUACUGCCACUGUGUUGACACAUGCUGCAACCGGUAUCUACAAUGAAAACUCCACUCUAUUGUCCCGUGUCAUGGUCAGUGCCACGCCAACAGGGAUGACCUUCUUGCUGGACGGCUCACAAAACAUCACCUCCGACGUUCUUGAUUUGGGAUCCACAAACGUCACCUUGUAUCGGGCGAACCAGUACGUGAGCUUUGGGCGCACUGCCAACGGCGGAUAUCGCAUGACGUUCGUUAACGGUGCAAUCGUCGGCUUCACUCUUAACACCGUCACAGCCAUUCCAAGCUUGGGCAUAUCGCCGACACUAUCAUCUGAAUUCCAUGGGGACACAACGGGCCUCCUCGGUCGCUUCAAUGGAGACUCCGCCGAUGAUUUCGUCACCCGCGGCGGCACCACUCUGGCGUCCAAUUCCACGGAGGACGUUCUCUUCUCUCAGUUUGGCCAGACAUGGCUGAUCAACGCAAGCGAAAGCCUGUUCACGUAUGACGAUGGUCUGACGGCGGCGGACUUCUCCUUCCCGGCGCACGUGCCCGUCUUCACAAACCUGCUGAACAUCAGCGAAGCGGCGAGACGAGCGUGCAAAAAUGACACAACAUGCCUGUUCGACGCCACCGCCACCGAUGACCUCGAUGUGGGUAGAAGCAGCAUGAGCGCCAACCAGCAGCUUGAGCAGAAUCGUGCCACUGCCGCAAACACUCCGCCGAGAAUCACCGGUCUGCCGAGCUUUGAUGCCGUUCUGGGCAAAAGAGUUGUGUAUACGUUCAACGCGACCGACUCUGACGGCGAUUUUAGCGUGGCCCUGGUACCCAUCAAUGGAACACGUCUCCCUGUCAACUUUAAUCUAACCAUCAGCAGUAGAGAAAAUAACUCGACCUCCUACGAGUUUGAUUGGACGCCGCAAGCGGAGGACAUCUCGCUGAGUUUCUCGUUCGUGGCUACAGACAUGCAGGGUGCUAGUAGCCAACACCAUCCGUUAGUCGUGUACUGUCCGUGCAACAAUAAUCAGCCGUGUGCAGCUCUGGACGCGUCCCAGGACGGUGGCCAGGCGCAGUUUGUCCGCCUGACGUGCAACUGCAACCUCUCCUACUCGGGAGAUACGUGCAACGAUGAUCGCAACGGCUGCUUCAGCGGAGGUGGCUGCUACAUGGGAGUCCUGUGCGCAGACGUGGCCGCACCAGGAUCUGGAGCUACCUGCGCCGCAUGUCCCAGCGGCCUCACGGGAGAUGGCAGAGUUUGCUCAGAUAUUCAGGAGUGCACAAUGGCAUCAUCACCAUGCUCCUCCAACGCGCUGUGCACGGAGACAUUUGGCUCGUUCAACUGUACAUGUUUCGAUGGCUACAUUGGUAGCGGGAUCAUGUGUAUGGAUAUUGAUGAGUGCUCUGCUGGUGGUGGUCACAACUGUUCAAUGUCAGCCUCCUGUACCAAUACAGCGGGUUCGUACGAUUGCCAGUGCAAUGUGGGAUAUGCUGGCAAUGGGCGAACGUGUACAGAUAACGAUGAGUGUGCUCUGGGCACGCAGCGCUGUGACCGCGUGGCGACGUGCAACAACACGGCCGGCUCCUACACGUGCACCUGCCCCGCGGGCUACUCCAGCCCUACGCCGACGACAUGCCGCGACAUCGACGAAUGCGCCACCACCACCGCUAGCGCCAGCGUGCCGCUGCCGUGCCAUGCCCAGGCUACAUGCACCAACACGGCCGGUUCGUUCAGCUGCCGCUGCCGAACCGGAUACACGGGGACGGGAGUGCAGUGCGAUGAUAUCGAUGAAUGUUCUCUGAACAUUGACAGUUGUAAUGACAAUGCCACCUGUACCAACUUGCCAGCUCGCUACCAGUGUCAGUGUGAAUCAGGCUUCCUUGGCAACGGAUUCGUAUGCAGUGUGGAUACCAACCCCACAGUCCAGACAAUGACCACGGCCGCUCCAAGCACUCUUCCGCCCACCACCACCGCCGCCACCACACAGGCCGUGAGCAUGCCAAGCUCCGCCGCUAGCAGCAGCUCACAGCAGCCGACACAGUCCACUGGUGGUGCAGAAGGCAGCGACUCGGUGCCAGCGUAUGUACCCAUCGUGGCCACGUUGGCUGCUCUUGUCGGUAUUGCGUUCAUUGCUGCCGUCGUCUUCCUUUACAGGAGGAGAAACAUGCAAGUGUACGACGUCGUCAGCAGUGGCUACAAGAUUAACGGCGACAAGCCGAUCAAGAAGCGCUCCACCAUCCUGUCGCGGCCGCGGGACUCGCCGAUUGACGACGAGGAAGGCCGCUACACAAGCUCCGCCACUCUGAGAAAGAUCAGCAUCCGCAACGAACACGCAGUGCAAUCAGGCGAUGUCGUCACCAACCCGACCAGUCUAGACAUCGACGCGAUAGAGAUGCGCGAGCGCAUGGCUUCGUCGGUCGGCGCGGAGAAGAAGAAAGCAUCUGCACUGGACGCCAGCGAGCCCGUAGCUCUGGUCAAUGAAGCUGCAGUGACGGAAUUCUCUGGCGAUGUGAAGCACGGUGCCGCGGUGGAGAACGGAGACGGCGCUGUGGCCAUCAGCAACCCCGUGUACGAUUCCCAGGUCAGCAGCAACGGUGGUGCCCAGCCAGCAGCCACUUCGGCCACCGCCACCACCAGCGCCGGUGGUGAUGUGCAGCAGACCAAGGCGAGUGCCCCAUCCAUACAUCUCCUAGACUUUGGCAAUGGCUCGGCGGACCACACCGUCACAGACAGGUCUAGCCGGACGGACGUAAAGGAAUACGAGGUACUGCACGUGUAGAGAGCUGCCCAGCGUGCAAUCUAGAGAGAUAUGAAUUUCAUCACCGAACAGAUUCAGUCACAGAUCCGAUAAAUCAGUCUAAUAAUGCUUUGCCAGCCACGUCAUAUUUCUGUUCCUUUUUUCUUCUUCCGAAUAUGGCAUAUUUUAUAAAUUAGACUUCGAAUGCGUGCAUGAUGUACAUGUGAGUGAAUUGUACUUUUGGAUGCAUUACGUUGAUUGUCCAAUUUGUUUGGCAAGCCAGCGGCACAGCAUCCAUUGGGGUGAUCACAGGUAAUAAUGUAUUUAGUGACAGAUAGCAAUUUCAAUCAUACUUGCCGCGGUAACACAGUAUCAUUAUUAUUUUAUCAUGUGACCUCAGUGGAUCGCCAUAGUUACCACUCGAUGCCAUGCAUGUUGAUAUGAUGCAAAUCCUAUUUUGAUUAGGAGAGCGCUGGUUGACUCAAACUCUCUCGCACUUAGAUUAGCGGGAGAUACGCUGGCGCCACCGUCUCUCAUCAUCAUCACUUCACCUCCUAACACAUUUUUCUUUCUUUGCCUCCGGUAUGGAUGUGGCAAAAUAAAAAUAUUAAUGGGA